AUGGCAGCGCUUGACCAGGAAGCCUUUGUGAAGGAGUCACCCUAUGGAGUGGAAGCCACCCUCAACAGUGUGAGCAAAUGGUUAGUAUCGGCGAUUUUCGGCGCUUUCUUCGUGUGGAGGCACCAUAACGCAGACGUGCUGUGGGUAGCUGCAGGUGCUAUAGUUAGUUGUGUCCUCUCGGUGGCACUUAAGCGGAUUCUGAAGCAGGAGAGGCCACUUGCUACUAAGAGAUCUGACCCUGGAAUGCCUUCUUCACACGCUCAAUAUAUAUUCUACCUUCUUACUUUUGGCGUUCUCGCAACUCUUGAAUGGCUAGGAGUAAAUGCUACUUCAGUCAUCCUCAGUGCAUUACUUUUGGCAUGUGCCUCCUAUUUCUCGUGGCUAAGAGUAUCGCAGAAACUGCACACAGGGAGCCAAGUUGUGGUUGGAGCAGCAGUGGGUACAAGUUUCUCAGCCUUGUGGUGUUGGCUAUGGAAUCAAUUUGUGUUUCAGGCUUUCAUUUCCUCUGCGUGGGUUCGGGUGGUGGUUGUUUUGGGCACUCUUGCAUUCUGGGGAAGCGUCAUGUACUCAUGGUGUCUGCUGAAGAUCAAUAGUCCAUGGAUCUAA